UUUUCCUUUCAACAUGGCAUUCUUGAAAUGCCUUUACUCUGUCAAAAAUGAAGUGAUCCUCUUCAUAACUCCGUUACUUCUUCUUCCACUGCCUUUGGUGAUCGGGACACAGGUGGCAGAAUGUGCUUAUGUGAUAAUCCUGAUGGCAGUGUACUGGUGCACAGAGGUUCUACCUCUGGCUGUAACCGCUUUGCUUCCAGCUCUCCUUUUCCCUUUAUUUGGCAUCAUGGAGUCCAAAGAUGUAAGUAAGAAAAAUAUGCCACAGUGUAUAGGCUUAUUUAUGUGUGCAUACAUCUUAUCCAGUGUGAUCCCUUUGUCUCAGGUGUGUAUGCAGUACCUAAAGGACACAAACAUGUUGUUUGUUGGAGGACUCAUGGUUGCUGUAGCCGUGGAGCACUGGAAUCUGCACAAGCGCAUAGCUUUGAGGGUGCUACUCAUUGUUGGUGUGCGUCCAGCACUACUGAUGAUGGGCUUCAUGGGUGUAACAGCAUUCUUAUCCAUGUGGAUCAGUAACACCGCUACCACAGCUAUGAUGGUGCCAAUUGUCCAAGCAGUGCUGGAACAGCUAAACACCAGUGAGCCAGAAAUGCCUCAAAUCUUCAGCUCGGAUGAGCAGGUCCAAACAUCAGAGACUGACAAUAAAGCUGAUUCACAAACAGAGAAACAGAAUGAGGGACAAGGCCCAGUAGUAGUGACUUUCUUAGAUGCCACGACUGAGGCUGUCAGGCAUAAGGAGGCAGCAGAACGGCGGAGAAUGUGUAAAGGCAUGACCCUGUGUGUUUGUUAUGCUGCCAGCAUCGGAGGAACAGCCACACUGACAGGAACUGGUCCCAAUCUGGUGCUCAUGGGCCAGAUGAACCAAUUGUUUCCAGAAAACGGGGACAUUAUUAACUUUGCGUCCUGGUUCGGUUUUGCCUUCCCCAACAUGAUCAUCAUGCUCACACUGGCAUGGCUUUGGCUGCAGUUUGUCUUCAUGGGAUUCAACUUUAAGAAGACAUGGGGCUGUGGGGCUGUGAAGACAGAAAAGGAGAUUGCUGCAUAUAAUGUGAUCCGUGAACAGCAUCGCCUGCUGGGGCCGAUGUCUUUUGGAGAGAUAAGCGUCCUGUGUCUCUUCAUUUUGCUCGUGUUGCUGUGGUUCACAAGGGAUCCAGGCUUUGUCAGUGGCUGGGCAACAGAUAUCUUCAACUCCCAAGCAGAGUAUGUAUCAGAUGCCACGGUGGCAGUCUUUGUCGCAGUCCUUCUCUUUGUUCUGCCCUCCAAACCUCCACGCUUGUGUUCUUUUAGGACACAUAGUUUUGACAUAGCAUCUCAUCAAACUGCUGGCCCAACACCUCGUCUCCUCAGCUGGAAAGCUGCCCAAAAGAAAUUACCUUGGGGUAUUGUGCUUCUUCUUGGAGGAGGGUUUGCUCUGGCUAAGGGCAGUGAAGUGUCUGGACUAUCAAAGUGGAUGGGAGAUCAGAUGGCUCCUCUGCAAAGCAUCCCUCCCUGGGCAAUUGCCAUUGUCUUAUGCCUGCUGAUUGCCACAUUCACAGAAUGCACCAGUAAUGUAGCCACUGCAACGCUCUUCCUACCCGUCUUAGCUUCGAUGUCUCAGUCCAUUGGAAUCAACCCGCUGUACGUCAUGGUUCCUUGUACCCUAAGUGCCUCAUUUGCCUUCAUGCUGCCUGUCGCAACUCCUCCCAAUGCCAUAGUCUUCUCUUAUGGAUACCUUAAGGUUGCUGACAUGGCCAGGACAGGAUUCGUCAUGAACAUCAUUGGCAUUCUUUGUAUUACACUGGCCAUUAACAGCUGGGGUAAAGCAAUGUUUCACCUAGAUUCUGUCCCUGCCUGGGCCAAUGCCACUGGGGUAUGAGACUGGCUCUGCAGUGAGAGAGGAUCCGUGCACAAGCCUAUCUACAGGUGCCAGACUAAGACCUGUGGUCAGAGGGAUGGUAUUGGACCACGCAGUGAGAUGCAUGUGUCCAAUUGGAGUUAGGACACAAGUCUCAUGAGGCUCGUUUUGAUUGACACUUGAGUGAAAAAAAGUGGUGAUCUAUAAAAUUAGGGAGAAAAAUGAUUCAAUUAUAUGAAAAUAUUCAUUUUCAUGUAAUUGAACUUUAUGUAUACAUACAUAAUGAUGUUAAACUUCAAAUAAGUUUAGAUCUCUUCUAUAGACCUAUUACACUAUUUGAAUCUCUUAUAAUACACAUUUCUGUUAUUCAGUACAAUGGAAUAACUGAAACAAUAUAUUGGGACUAUAGUGUCUGUAAAUUUACGCUCCUUUAUAUCCUUAAGUGAACCAAAUGACAUCCUAUUUUCUUUUUAUCAAAGAAAAUUAGAGGGAAAGGAGCUAUUCAUAUAGUCAAAGUUAUUUAACAUGUACCCAUGUGUUUAUAGUAAUAAGCCAUAUUGUAUAUCUUGAUGAUGCAACUUGAAAAUAUUUGACGUACUUCUUUUUUUAAUUUAAUUUUCCUUCUAUGCCACUUCUGCUUUACUUUACAAUAUUUCAGAGAAAGAUAUUUUCACUUUCACAUUUGUCGGACAGCUCCAGUAACUGGUUACCUUUCAGAUUUUACACUUAAAGAAAUCUUUGGUUUUGUAAAAUAUUAUACAUUGAUACCUUGAUAAUGAAUAUAAAGUUUAAUACUAUUAGUGAUAGAAAAAAACAUUACUUGUCAAUACAUUAGCAGUAAUUAUCCGUUAACUUUCAUAUAAUAUGACACUGACAAGAGCAAUUCAGCUGCUUAAUUAUUACUUUUACUACUGAUACAUUUUUGGCUCAAAAUAUGUAUUUUCAUAAAUAAAAUACUCUAUUUUAGGACAUUUAAGGAGCGGAUUAUAAGGCGCAAUAUCAAUAAACUGGUCUAUUUUCAUACAU